GUGACAGCCGAGGGAACAAUCCGUGCCACUCACUCACUCCUGCCAGGACUGCCGAGGGAAGUGAUUCCAAAAUGAAGACUGCUUUAAUUUUGCUCAGCAUUUUGGGAAUGGCUUGUGCUUUCUCCAUGAAAAAUUUGCAUCGAAGAGCCAAAGCAGAGGCUUCUGAAGAAAAUGGGGUCUUUAAGUACCGGCCACACUAUUUUCUUUAUAAGCAUGCCUACGCUUAUCCUCCAAAACGGUUUCUAGUCCAGGGAGGCAGCGACUCUUCUGAGGAAAACGAAGAUGACGACAGUUCGGAACAGGAGGAGGAGGAAGAGGAGACUUCAAAUGAAGAGAAAAACAAUGAAGAGUCUGCUGGGAAUGAAGACGAAGAGGAAGAGGCUGAGAAUGUCACACUCUCUGCUGUGACACCCAGCUACGGCACGGAGGCCACAACUGGAGAUGGGGCUAUGGAGUUAGCUGCCCUCCAGCUGCCUAAGAGGGCCGGAGACGCAGAAGGCAAGGCUGCAAAAAUGAAGGAAAGCGACGAAGAAGAAGAAGGAGAAGAAGGAGAAGGAGAGGAAGGGGAAGAGGAAGGAAACGGAAACGAAGAAGCGGAGGUGGAUGAAAACGAGCAGCUCGCCAACGGCACCAGCGCCAACUCCACGGAGGCGGACGGAGGGAACCGCGGCAGCGGAGGGGACGGCAGAGAGGAUGGAGGGGAGGACAGCAUCACCCCCACGGCGGGCAGCGAGUGGACCACCGAGGGCGCCGCGGCGACUGCGCGCCCAACCCCAGCGCCCGAGGCCCUCGAGGCCACCUCCGCGCCCACCGGGAAGAGCACGGCUGCCGAGUACUGGGGAGAGUACGAGCAAACGGGCAACAACGAGCUCACCACGGGCGAGUACGAGGUGUACGACCAGGAGCAGGGGGAGCCCCCUCGCGGGGAUAACUACCGAGCCUACGAGGACGAGUACAGCUACUACAAGGGGCGUGGCUACGACGGCUACGACGGCCAGGAGUAUUACUACCACCAGUGAGGGCACCCCACCCCGGGGGGGCACGCGCCCCGAGCCGGCAGUGUCAAAGUCCAACUCAGGAAGGUGUGACGGGUGUGCGCUUCGCGGUGCGGAAGGGUGCUACCGUCCCGGAGGGAUUUCCGCAGAGGCUUCUGUUCGUGGCCGGCUUCUUCGUCACUCCCCCGGGUGUGUCGCCGAAGGGACAUUGUAAAUCGGGGCCACUGUCAAGCGGGGUCCCCCGGGGGUCCCCCGAGCUUUGAGCUGGGACUGGAUGCCAUGCUUUGGGGCUGCAGCUCUGCAGCGUUCGUGCUGGGCGCACUAUUGCUGACACGCUUUGUACCAGAAGGCUCCUGAAGAGAUUUGCCGAGCACUGUACCCAGUAACUGUGUAGUUCCUUCAUCACACCUCCUCUCCAGUCUCGUUGUUAGGUUUAAUUCUCAUGCGCGUGUAUUUUAUGGGACCUGUACACAUGGGUUUUUAUCACAAAUAAAUGUGCAAUCCUUCGAGCGUGUUGUAAUGAAGUACACAGCAUAAUUAAGUUUAAUUAACUAAACCCUCGGAACGUAGGCGGGUUUAAGGGGCGUGCAACAGGGGAGCUACAAAGGAGCACUUGUUCCUGGCUAAGGCCUGCCGCCUGAGGGCAGAAUCGGCCUUACACACCAGGGAACAAAGGGCUGCUCUCAGAGGCGCUCAUGAGCACACACUGUGAGCCCACCUGGCCUUGAACUCCAGACACAGGGUGGUUGGUCUUUAACGCCCCCGCUCCCGUGAAACCUCUGGAACCUCU